AUGGCCAUGGCGAUAAUCGCGAUUUUGCAUACAUCUCUCGAGGUCAUUAACGUCAGGUUGUAUGGGGUGCGGGCUCCCAUAGUCGGCCAUCGCUCUAUCUUUGAGCCUGCUUGGCUUGUCAGGCUACGUUUCAUUCGUGGAAGCCGAUCAAUCUUACAGGAUGGCUACAACCAGUUCAAAGAUUCCAUGUUCAAGAUACGUCGGAUCGGUACAGACGUCCUGAUUCUCUCCAACAAAAACAUUGACGAACUACGAGCAAGUUCUCGUGACGUCGAGAGCUCGGUUGAACCUUUCAUAGACGAUUUCGUGGGUAAUUUGACAUGUGGGUUGGUCUUCUUGCAUAGCGACUUGCAGAACCGUGUGCUCCAGCAAAGAUUGACUCCGACCUUGGCCUCUUUGGCACCAGUCAUGAAGACUGAGCUCGACUUUAGCAUUCUCGCAGAAAUACCGCAAUGUCAAGAUUGGGUGACUACCGACAUUGUGCCCAUAGUUGCACGCAUAGUUGCCCGCAUCUCCGCUCGCAUUUUUCUCGGCACGGAUCAAUCGCGAAACGAGGAAUGGCUGACGACCACGGCGGAAUAUACCGAGAACCUUUUCGUGACAGGAAUGUUCCUACGCAUGUUUCCAAAACUAACACGGCCCUUCAUUGCACCAAUGUUUCCACCUUACCGAGGACUACGCAAGAACGUUGCAACAGCUCGACGCAUUAUUGGAGACAUCGUUAUAUCCCGAAGAGCCGCUUCAACAGAACAGCAAGCCAAAAACGAAAAGCAUAGAGAUAUCCUCCAAUGGAUGAUGGACAUGGCGGUUGGCGAUGAGCGGGCUCCGGAGAAUCUCGCGCAAAGGAUGUUAAUCUUGAGCCUAUCAUCAAUUCAUACGACCGCUUUGACCAUGACUCAAGCACUUUACGACUUGAUUGCACACCCAGAUUACAUAGAGCCAAUCAGGAGUGAGGUAACUGCAAUCCUUCGGAAAGAUGGAGAAUGGCAGAAGACAACCCUGAAUCGCUUUCGGAAGUUGGACAGUCUCCUCAAAGAAUCCCAGCGAUUCAACCCUAUAUUCUUGGUAACGUUCAACCGCAUACUACACCAAUCAGUCACGCUCUCCAAUGGCACUGUUUUAUGUCCUGGCACUCGCAUUGCGGUCCCUUCAUACCACAUGCUCCAUGACACUAGACACGUUCCGGGUCCUGCACCACCAUCAGAAUUCGAUCCAUUCCGCUAUUCGAGGUUACGUGAGGAUACAAACCAUCCCGAAAACGCUCAGAAGUUUCUUUUCGCGAUGGCGGAUUCAAGUAAUAUGGCGUUCGGGUAUGGAAAGCAUGCCUGUCCUGGCAGAUUCUACACAUCGAAUGAGAUGAAAAUGAUCUUAGCACAUAUUCUACUCAGGUAUGAUUGGAAGUUCCCUGACGGUCAAGAGAGGCCGAAAAAUUUCACUAUCGACACGGAUAUGUACCCUGAUCCGGCAGCCAGAGUGAUGAUCAAGCAGAGGGAGAUAGCGGAUGAGGUAGUGAGAGGGCUGCUUUGA